UCUCCACUUGUUUUUUUUCUGGGUGUUUUAGUUGCUUGGUUUUAAAGAUUUAUGAUGGAUGUUGGUUAGAGUGGAUCUUUUUCAUGUUCUUCUGGUCCUGUACCUUGAACAUGAAGCCUCUUUUGUUGUUUCUUAUAGUUUGGUAAGCUGUAAGUAGUUUCUUUUAUUUUUUUUGUCUUCUCUUGGACAUGUCCAUAUUGCUGUGCUGUUAGAGAGUAGUUCUCCUGUUUGUGUUUAUGCCUUCUUGCCUUUCCAUCUUUUCCUCUGAUCUAUCUUCGACUCUAUGCUUUGUCUUGUACAUGUGUGGAUGCAUUUAUGUAUUUUAUAGAGCGAUGGCAUCAAUGAGAAAUUUUAUGUGCUGGAAACUUCACUAUUUUGAUAUUGAGGACUUAUUUUUGUUCUUCUCAAGCUACAGUUACUUGCAGCUGAUGUAAUUUAAGAAAUUUUGUUGACUCUCUUGUUGGUCAUUGCUAAUUGGAUUUCAUACUUUUUAUGGUAUUCUGAUGUGAUGGUGUUUUCUUUCUCCAAAAUUUAUCACUACACUCUAUUUGGGAACAGAGCUAGGUGAUAGUUUUCGGUGUAUUGAAUAUCGGGGUGGAAGUUUCUUGUGAAAGAUUGUGAAGGCAAUUGAAGUAAAUGCAUGGAUCGUGGGGACCAAAUGGCGUUAUCCGGGUCUUACUAUAUGCAGCAAAGGGGAAUUCCUGGAUCUGGAGCACAACCUGAGUUGCAUAUGUCACCUAAUAUUCGACCACUCUCCAAUCCGAAUCUACCAUUUCAAUCCAGCAUUGGCAGUGGUUCCAUUGGAUCCACAUUGCCAUUAGAGUCUUCUUCAAUUUCAGCUCAUGGUGUGAAUAUGGGAGCUCCUCCUGGAGCACCUCCAGGGGAACCUGUUAAAAGGAAGAGGGGAAGGCCUAGGAAAUAUGGCACUGAUGGAACUGUGUCAUUGGCAUUGACUCCAACUCCAACAUCAUCUGCUCACCCUGGAGCCUUGGGACAGAGCCAGAAACGUGGCAGAGGUCGACCACCUGGUACUGGGAAAAAACAGCAGUUGGCUUCUCUUGGUGAAUUGAUGUCUGGUUCUGCUGGGAUGGGAUUCACUCCUCAUAUAAUCAACAUUGCAAGUGGAGAAGACAUUGCAACAAAAAUCAUGGCAUUUUCUCAGCAGGGACCUAGAGCUGUUUGUAUUUUGUCAGCCAAUGGCUCUGUCUCAACUGUCACACUUCGGCAGCCAUCAACUUCAGGAGGCACUGUCACAUACGAGGGGCGCUUCGAGAUAGUGUGCCUUUCGGGCUCUUACUUGGUCACUGAUAGUGGUGGCUCACGCAAUCGAACUGGUGGACUGAGUGUGUCCCUUGCUAGUCCUGAUGGUCGUGUCAUUGGUGGAGGAGUUGGUGGAGUUCUUAUUGCAUCAAGUCCUGUUCAGGUGGUGGUUGGGAGUUUUCAAUGGGGUGGAUCAAAGACGAAGAACAAGAAGAAGGAAAGCUCGGAAGUUGCAGAAGUUGCUGUGGACUCAGAUCAUCAGGGAGUUCAUAAUCCAGUGGCACUGAACAGCAUCUCACCAAAUCAAAACCUUUCUCCAACCCCUUCAUCUUUGAGUCCUUGGUCUCAAUCACGACCGUUGGAUAUGCGUAAUUCCCAUGUGGACAUUGACUUAAUGCGUGGGUGACACACUUCAUUCAAUACACACUAGUGCUGUGUAUAUAUAUUUCAGAUUCAUGGUCACUCAUCUAAUUUUGUUGUAGUAGUAAUGACAGAGUGGGAAGUGCCAACAACACAGUAGAGCCAGCUGACUUUCGCAAUUGAUAAAUCUCACGUAUCCCUACACCCAUCAUUAUUGACUUGGGGUUGUACUCAUAUUUUUGUAGCUGUGAGGAAUUUUAAUUUGAAGAUUGUAUGUUCUUGAUUGGUAAUGAUACAAUUUAUGUCCUAUUUGGAAAAAUAAUUGACAUUGGGGUAGAUGUUUUAUGUGGUUUA